CAAACACUACCUUUACUCUCUUUUCUAUCUCUGAAAAACAUUUCAUUUUCCGUCCAAAUUUCCGAUCAAAUGGCGCCGAAAACAGAGAAGAAACCAGCAGAGAAAAAACCCGCAGAAAAGAAACCCGCCGAGGAAAAGAAAGCAGAAAAAGCACCAGCAGAGAAGAAACCCAGAGCUGAGAAGAAAUUACCAAGCAAGGAUGCUUCAUCAACAGAUAAGAAGAAGAAGAAAUCAAAGAAAUCGGUUGAGACAUACAAGAUCUACAUCUUCAAAGUUCUGAAACAAGUCCAUCCUGAUAUUGGUAUUUCAAGCAAAGCAAUGGGAAUCAUGAACAGUUUCAUUAAUGAUAUCUUUGAGAAACUUGCUGCUGAGUCGUCCAGAUUAGCAAGGUACAACAAAAAACCAACUAUCACUUCUCGAGAGAUUCAAACUGCUGUUCGUCUUGUUCUUCCUGGUGAAUUGGCUAAACAUGCUGUUUCUGAGGGUACCAAAGCUGUUACCAAAUUUACAAGUUCUUAAUUGCUUUUGCUGCUUUUUAGGUUUUAGAAAUUGUGGGUUUCUUCUGUUAUUUUGUCCCUAGUGGUUUCGAUUCUAGGAAUUAUGGUUUCAAAUAUGUAAUUAGUAGUCUUAUCAAUCUUCGGAAGGAUGUAAUCAAUUUCAAAUUCAAUAUCUUGGAUGUGGAAUCAAAUGUCUUAGAUUUUGGAAAUGAAUCAAUUGAAACCCAUUGUUAAUUCUGAA